CUCAACCAAGCGACACUUGAAAAUGGAGUUUCCGCGCCAGGCGGCGACUCCAACGCAGCGCCAGACCAAGUCUGUGGUGCGGCGUAUUCGAGACGAGGUGAGUCGAAAAGUCAAACAGGAGCAUCAGCACAACAAGAGUGCUCGCAGUCACAAGUAUAACGAUCCCAUCAGCGACGACGUCCACGAAGUUGCCACCUCGCAACUGUACCACGCCCAACUCGAGAGCAGUUUGCGUCGGCACUUGAAGCCAAGCUUGCUUCGAUUGGACGCAUGUGUGCCCGUGGAGAAGGAAAUCAUCUUCGAAAGUGCCAAGGUCGACGCGUCGUUGAAAUUGUCCCAGCAGUUGUACAUGCUCGAGUUUGCCUUUCGAAAGUUCGGGUUUCGGUGGCGCAAGAUCAAAUUGCACUCGGGGCUGCAUCUGUGGCAGGCCAACAUUGUCCUACUCAACGCCCACGACGUGCACAUGAAACGAAUGACGCAUCGAGCUAUCCAAAUCCAGCGCGCCUACCGCCGCAAGUUGCGUCGGGACAUCGAAGCCGCCGCCGAGGUGUCCUUGGCCGAGAACAUCCGAGCCAUGCUGCACGACCGAGCCUUGGCACACGCACGUAGCCUGCGGGAGCACGCCAUGGCCAUUUGUAUCCAGGUAUUUAUAUAUAUUGCCAAAAUCUUCGCGAAGUCCUUGCGGUUCUCACCAUGCGCAGAGUCACUGGCGGGGUCUAUCGUGUCGCUUAACAUGGAUGUGCUUGUUACGACGGCGGUUGAAGCGUGCGCUAGAUUCCUUAGCCAUCCAUCAAUUGUUUGGGGGUGCUGAAGAAGUGCAAGUGGCUGGCGGGCAUUUGUACGCCACGUCGGACGCGGAUAUUCAAAGUAUUCAUCACGGCCACCGGUGGUUGUAUCAAUCGACGCCUCCGUUUCAUUUUACGCAAGGACUGGCCAGUAUCGCAGAGAUUGAAGACGUAAGCGGUCGGCGAACCAUCGAGGGACAGCAGUGCCGGACCAAGCAACGCCAUACGUUUUGGUCCAUGAUGGAGAAGGAACUGACCGAGGCGAGCGUGGUCGAAGCGCGGGCCGUGUGCAUUCGAGAGCGCCGAAUGGACCGCAUGCGAUGCAAGCACGAGAUGCAAUCGCGUCAGGCGGACGAAUUACGAGGCGUGCGCAACCUGCUGCAUUGCCAGGAGGCUCGGAUAGCCCGCGAACGGGAGGAGGGGGUCGCCAUGGCGGCGGCAGAUGCGGGCAUGCGUCGGCACUGGAAAGCCAUGGCACUCUUCGACGCCAAGAUCCAGUCGGACCAGAUGAAACGCUCCGUGGCGCUGCUCAAGCAAACGAUGCGGUUGCAACUCAACGAACAUGACAAGAUGAAUGCCGAGAGUAAACUUAUGCACGAAGCGGAGGCGACCGAGCGACUGGCGAUGGAUAUUGCCAUGGCCAAGACGAUGUCAAUCACGAAAGGCCACAUCGUUGUCCAUGUCGCGUGUCGACUGGACGAGGCGACGUCAUCUCGUCCUGUGGCAGGAAUACAAGUGCUAUUCCGCGUCACAUCAAUGUUAGCGUCGCACAUGAAUACAGCAUUGGUUCAUCGCGUGCGGAAUGCGUAUGAUAUGCGACGAGGUUUGUGGGCACGGCUGGCAGAAGAGGUUCCAUGGAGGAAGGCUGACACCAACCAUGCUGUGGCGUACCGUGAGGUACGUCGCGGACGAGUGCGCGGUGCUGUCGAGUUCGUGGUGGUUCGAUUCGGCAAGGACAGCGUCCACGUUCACAUGACCAGGCAUGUUUGCAUCAACUCUGACAGAAUUGACUGCCUAACUGUCGCGUGUCCGACAAUUGCAAUCAUGUCGUGCUUGCAAGUCCAUCAAAUGGUGUGGCUGCGACCCAAGAACACACACCUGUUGGCCAAGUGGAUUGCUUCGACGGUCACAUGGCUGCCCCCAGGACGCCUCGUUCUGCACCCCCCAGUUGAGUUUGAAUCGGCAGAGUACCACCCACAGACGUCCUUGUCCCCUAUCGUCGACGCUCUUCUUCAGAAGGGGCUUGGUGAGGUGUCUUCGCACCUCGCAAAGCUCUUCCCAUCUUGACGACCCUUUGGUAUCAAUGGCGCGAAACGAGAUACUUCGGAUACGUGGCAAAUGUACGGAAUGUAAAAUUACCCAUGUUCUUUUUUU